AUGGAUGCAGAAAAAUGUUUAGAACAUUUUGAUCCACAUAAAAAUCGAGAAGGAACACAAUACAAAUCAAGUAUUCAAACAUUUUUUAGCUUCUUAUCGAACAAUUUCGAUUCAAUCAUUUUCACGAUGCCACUUGCAUUUAAACAUGCGGGACUUCUUUAUGGAACUUUAACUCUAAUUGUCACUUCAAUAGCUUGCACCAUAAGCACAUCAAAAUUACUUUGUUCAAAUCACUUUCACUGUCGUAGAAACAAGAAGUUGCAAAUGAGUUUCCCAAAGGUCGCUUACAAUGCAUGUAAAAGUGGUCCAAAUUGGAUGCAUCCCUUCGCAAAUUCUUUGAUGCUUCUUACAGCUUCGAUAUUAGGAUUGACUUAUCUCGGACUUAUAUCAUAUGACUUUGUGUUAGCUGCAAAGAGUUUAGAACAAUUGAUGGAAUAUUAUUUCGGUAUCGACUUUGAAAUAGAAUAUUACAUGGUGAUGAUGUCAGUUCCGUGUUUCCUGUUAUGCUAUCCAUCAAAUAUCAAAUACUUAUCAAUAUUAACUAACAUUGCUCAUGGAAUGUUAGCAAUUGGAUGUUUUAUUACUAUUUAUUACUGCUUCGAUGACAUGCCACCAUUGAAAACUCGUCCAAUUCCUAUUUCAUUUACAGAGAUUCGAUAUUUUUUUGGAAUUGCUUUCUUUUCAAUGGAAACGAUUCGAAAUGCUGUACCAUUGGAAGCUAAAAUGAAGAGUCCUAGAGACAUGUGUAAACCAUUUGGGGUUCUCAACAUUGGAAUGUUAACAGUGACACUUUUUUAUGGAUUUAUUGGAUUCAUUGGAUAUGCUCGAUAUGGACAAGAAGUUGAAGCACCGAUCACAGUUUUACUACCGAUCAAAGAAAUUCCAUCACAAAUCGCUAGAAUUCUUUUGAUAUUAGGAAUCAUAAUAUCAAAUUCAUCGUUGUUCUUUGAAAUAAGAAACGUGAUGUGGCAAAAUUUAAAGAAAAAAUCAAUGAAAUACCCGAAAUGUGCUAAAAUCGCGACACAUAAUGUUCUUGUUACUUGUGCUGUUUUAAUGGCUGCAGUCAUUGUAAGUGUUGGACCGUUUAUUGUUUUCCUUGGUGGUCUUUGCUUCUCAAUACUCAGUUUAAUCGUUCCAAGUAUCAUUGAAAUUGGCACGAUUUGGAAAGCAGAAAAUAGAAAAUGGAAAUUAUUGAUAAACAUUGUGAUUGGUUCCUUCGGCCUUUUGUGCUUAAUCUUAGGAGUUCUGACAAUGGUUGAUAACACCUUCAAUUAUUUUGGAAUUAAUAAGCCAAAAAAGGAAAUCUUUGAAAUUAUUUCUAAAGUUUAUUGA